UGCAGCCAGGUUAGUCAUGAGGCGUACGGGUAUACCGCUUCUCUAAAUAACCCGUCAAACCACCCCCACCAGCAAGGGAGUAUUCACCUGCUGGAAAGCAAUAUGGCGUAAGGUAACUCUUCUUGAUCAUUUAUUACUCUGUGUUUGAAACAUUUUCCACAUCUUUAUCACAAAUAAGGCGAGGACGGGCACAGCGACACAACAUGAAAAGCUUCGUCUAUUUGCUCCUCGGUCUGAUUGUUGGGACAUGGAUUCAGCCGCUGUAUGCCAACACUGUGUGCUCGCAUGAGUGCACACCAGACUGCACGCUAUGCAGUUUCGUAUUUACAAUUGAUCCCUGCCUCACCAUGAUGCAUGGUGACGAACGGGUAGUCCCACGCAAUGGGAGUCUUUAUUAUUACGACGAUGCAACGUAUUACAAUGCCACAACCGGCUUGCCCAUUAAUGACACAGUGGCCAUGCCCAUAAACGACACCGUGGCCAAGCGAAUUAUCACCACUGAUGGCGAGCAGGCCAGAUUUGUUAUCAGCAUCCACGACCUAAUGUCUGAUUCAGCUUCAAAGGAACACUUCCCUGGGCCUCCCAUCGUUGUUUAUGAAGGACAGGAGGUGGAAGUGUUCUUUACAAAUAGACUCCACGCUGACAGUGUUUCCGUUCAUUUUCAUGGCAUCCACCAGAAAAAUAGUCCAUGGAUGGACGGGGUACCCUAUAUCACCCAAUGCCCCAUACUUCCGGGAGUAACAUUUAAGUAUAAAUUCAAGGCAAAUCCUGCAGGAACCCACUAUUACCAUUCCCAGAUUUCAGGACAGACAGGGUUGGGCCUGUACGGGCCUCUCAUUGUGAAGAGGAAACAGGAGGUGUAUGUACCCGAGCAUGUCAUGCUUCUGCAGGACUGGAAUCAUGAUCUGGAUCCUGAAACGGUGUAUCUGAAGGGUGUCACUUCAGCGUAUUCCUGUUCCACUUCCGCCAACUGUUCUAAAUAUGAGCAAACACGAUCAUCGGACAACACCAAAUUUGGUAAUUUUGAAUUCCACAGUGGAUUGAUCAAUGGACGGGGCAGGUUCUACGAUCCGAUAACGGGUCGGCAUAAUGGAGCUCCUCUUACAAGGUUUGCUGUCACAGAGGGGAUGGUUUACAGGUUUAGAGUCAUCAACGCUGCCACGAUGUACGCAUUCCGAGUAUAUGUCCCUGGUCAUGCCCUCACUGUCAUAGCAACGGACGGACAAGACCUGCAGCGAAUUGAAGUGGACUCGUUUAUUAUCCAGGCCGGGGAACGAUUUGACGUUUUACUCAACGCUUCAAAUCCUUUCAAUGUAACUGAAUACACAAUAAUUGCCGAGACCCUUGAAGUCAAUGUACCUGUUCGUCAUAUUGCCGAAGCCAUUUUACAAUAUGAUAACGUGGAACUAAACAAAUCUUUAAGCACACCAGACCACCCUUGUAAUCCGAGAGGAAUUUUACCCUGCAGGGUAUUUAACUGCCCAUUCAAAUAUUUCUCCAGAAUGCCCAACUUGACAUGCAUUACUUUAAAUGAUGCUAAUGGAUAUGCUAUUGAUCCCAAUAGAGAUGAAAUUAUCAAAGAGCGUUACCCAAAAAGGCUCUUCCUCAACUUUGCCUUCCCUGGAAUUGACACCAACCCUGGAUCUGUGAACGGCAUUCGGUUUCUCCCACCCACGGUGUCAGCACUAACACAGCGUUCCCAGGUUAACAUAGAGUGUAAUGAACCUUGCAGUCCUGACAGAACCCCGUGUUUUUGCAUGCAUACUGUCUACAUCAACGAAGGGGACAUCGUUGAGAUGAUCCUGCUGAAUAAGGGUUCAGGGAAGGGGGCUUCCCAUCCAGUUCAUCUUCACGGCCAUUCCUUCUACGUUGCGUAUCAAGGCUUUCCAGAAUACCAAAGUUAUUCUGGUGAAGUGUUGAAUGACAAUGACGAUGUUGAGUGCGAGGACAUAUACUGCAAUAAGGCGAAGUGGAGACCAGGGCAGUACUGGCAAGCUUCGGAAAUCAAUCCCCGGAUCCCUCCUCUCAAGGACACAGUUGUAGUACCAUCUGGUGGAUAUGUCGUUUUAAGGUUCAAGGCCGAUAACCUGGGACUUUGGUACCUCCAAUCUAUGGUAGAUAUUCACAACACCAAUGGUCUAGCGGUGCUGGUGGACGAGUCGACAUCUAAACUCCCCUACAGCCCUCCUGGAUAUCCAGUGUGCGGAGACUACACAGCCUUUGAAUUUCCUCUUGAUGAUGAGCGAAGGGAGCUGAGUGGAGGUCUGAUCGCCCUGAUAGUCAUCAGCCUGCUGCUGAUGGUUGCGCUCAUCGUCCUCCUCCUCCUGUACUUCCAUAGGAGAAAAGUGAAGGUCUUGAGAACAAAAGUGUUCAAAUGGUGCAAGUGACACGACUCCUCAUCCUAGACUAUGAGAGGAGAAAAGUGACGAUCUUGAGAACAAAAGUCUUCAAAGGGUGCAAAAAUCAGGAAAACAGAUUUGUUUCUUUCCAUGAGAAACCUGGGUUGUUGGUUGGCGUUUUUUCUUAAACCAAAGUAGUAAGUGUGAAGACUAUUUGUAUCAAAGUACUACAUGUACUGUUUACGCCGCAGUCACCUACAUUACUGCCUAUAGAAGUUCAUCCCCCUUACACGCAUGGGCAACGCUUUACGCAACCCGUAUGCACCCAGUUGGUCACUCGUGUGGAACCCGUCCGCUACGCGUGUGAUACCCGUGUGCAACGCGUGACACACUCAUUAGAGGGGGAACAAACUUUUGACCAAAGGAGGACCCAUGUCUAGCUGAACCUGGAGGUGGUAACAAGAAGAUAACUUUUUGAUUUCCUGACGAAAAAUGUUAAUACACAUUUUAUUAUAUAUGUACUUGCUGAUGUCUCAUUUUUAGAUGUGAUUUUGUUGGAAAAUAUGAGUAUUGUUGUGGCUUCUACAUUGUGUUUUGCGAUGGUGUUAAGAGAAUACAUGAUCCUGUUAAAUGUUAUUGCUAUUCAAAUGCUUUUUGGUGAUUUGACAUUAAACGUCUGUAGUACGA